UUUUGAAAAUUUAAAUUAUUUUCGGAGCUAUAGACAUUUUACUGACCCGGCCUCCAAACUGGUUCGGUUGGGUCUAGUCGAACAAAAGACAUUAGGGAUUCUCCGUCUACCUGAAUCUAUAUUUCUCAGUUAAACCUUUUGUCCUUUAUAUAUAUGUAUAUAAAGGAUAUAUAUAUGUGUGUGUAUGUAUUUAGUGUAAUAUAAUAACCCAAGGUGACGUGUCUUUUAUAUUAUUCAGUGUUCACUAACAUCCAGCUGCUGGCAGUCAAAUCCCAACCUCGAAAACACGUGGACGUAUGUGCAGUGAUCGAAGGAUAUUUUGCGAGUAAUAAUUUUGAUUCUUAUAAAUAAAAUGGAUAAAAAAUCCACAACGAAAAAAUAUAAGCGUGCAGAUCGACCAACAAAACGGAAGUUUCACGGCAAUCGGCACACUGUAGAAACAAACAGACACUAGUUUUACUAGCUCAUCAGCAGCAAAGUUGAGAAAAUCAAACGAUGCAGAGGUUACAACAGAAAAUAAUUAUGGCUACUGUGUUUUAGAGUUUUUUACUGUGUUUUCGGCACUUUCUUCUCUAGUUUUGUGUGCAAAUUGCAAUAAAGAAAUUAAAUUUUCACGAACGACUUACCAUGGAGUAGGUUUUAAAAUUACAUUACAAUGUAGUUGCGAAAAUGACCAAUAUAUACCAUCAUGCCCAUUUAUUGAAAAAUGUUUUGAAGUGAACCGAAAAAUAAUAUUUUCUAUGCGGGUUUUGGGAGUUGGCAGGGAAGGAAUCAACAUCUUCUGUAGUCUGAUGGAUAUUUGUCAAGGAAUAUCAAUCGGGGCUUACUACGCUUGUGUCGAAAAUAUCCAUUUAGCUACAUCUGCAGUUUAUAAUCUUAUCAUUUCCAAAGCUGUCAACGAAGAAAAAGAUUUAAUUUCAGCUUGUGAUCCAAAUGCAAAUCCAACGGAGUUUACAGUUUCUGGUGAUGGGACUUGGAAAAAAAGAGGUUUUAAUUCUCUAUUUGGAGUAACUACACUAGUAGCAAAAAAUUGCAAGAAAGUUGUUGAUACUGUUGUCAAAUCCAGUUUCUGUCAAGGUUGUAAUAUUUGGAAAAAUAAAAAAAAUUCAGAUAUUUCAGCGUAUCAUGAUUGGUAUGAGGAUCAUCAAGAAGUUUGUACCAUAAAUCAUAAAGGAAGUGCCGGCAAAAUGGAAGUAGAUGCUGUUGUGGAGAUGUUCUGUAGAUCAGUUGAAAAACACGGAGUGAAAUACGUAAAAUAUAUUGGCGAUGGUGAUACAAAGACAUUCAAAGGCAUACUCGAUAUGGAUCCUUAUGAUGGUGACCCAUUGGUAGAAAAAAAAGAAUGCGUAGGUCACGUACAGAAGAGAAUGGCAGUUUAUGACAGUUUAUCAUCAGAGGAAUUAUUAACUCGAUGUGUUAGGUUCUGAAACUCAAAACAAUAAUGAGUCUCUAAACUCGUUGAUUUGGACUUUCGCGCCGAAACAUAUUCAUUCUGGACCUAAGAUAAUUGAAAUAGCAACAUUUCUCGCUGUUUGCAUUUUUAAUGAAGGUUUCAUUCCAAUUUUAAAAAUGAUGACCCUUAUGGGAAUGAAAAUUGGGCCAGAAGCUCAUUCAUUUGCUGUGAGACGAGACAACGCCCGGAUUGAAUGCUCCGAAAUACGUACAUCCAACGCUUCAAAGGAGGCCAGAACUGCUCGAUUGGAAGAGAGAAACGCAGAAAAUGGUUUUUUUGAAGUAGAAGUAGGUCUGAUGUAUGAAGCAGGAAUGGCAGAUUGAAUAAAAAUGACUAGGAGGGUUGAAAUCAUGUCAAAACUCAUCUGUCAAUUUUUUGACGCCCCCCACUUCAUCGGCUGCCAGUUUUUUAAAUUUUUGACUUUAUUGAGUAUAUUUAUACGUAAUUAUUGUAAUAUUAAUA